CGCAUUUUGAAACUUGAUGAAUCUUACGACAGGGCACUUGGAGGAUGGCUGUGGAGGCUCAUGAUGAGCUGACAUGCUUUUCCAUGAAUAUGAAAGGGGAGGAGGGGGAAGAGAGUCUCCCGAGAUCCAUCUAUCUUUCGUUCUCGCUGCUAUAUCCAGGGCCCCUUCUCAAAAUGAAGGCUUCGAGGGGAAAGAGAGAGAGAUAAGGAGGAGGGGGAAAGGACCAACUUUUUCGUCUUUUUUUCUGAAAUUCCCAAAGGAAGUGAAGCUAUCCUUGAAAUUGGCUCUGUGUCGACCCCACCUGCUGUUCUACGAAGUCUUAAUGCCAUAAAACUGAUCUCACUGCAGGGUACACUCAUUUAGGAACUCAUCAAUUUCCUAGUAUUCCCAUAUAUUGCUGUCUGUGAUAAGAAAAAAAAAGGAGGCCUGCAAGCGCCUUAUUGGAUAGUUACUCCUUACUUCUUUCGAACUUCGUCUUUCGGGAUUAAUCGAGACAGUUCUGCCCUUUCCCUUUUCUUCUCCCUUUUCAUUCUGCCCGUUCUCCUUUCCUGCCUAUCUUUCUUCGGAUUAACUGUAUGCACAACCCCUGGAGUAAUGUGAAACUUCCUCUGCGGCUGAACGCAUGGGUUGAUUGGAUCUCCGGCUCAGGUUCCCUGGGGGUCAUUCGAUCGGUUGAGGGCAUGAAUAUGCGUUGCAUUUAUGCUUUGCAUAAUGAAGACGACCAGAUCUCGUCUCUCUGUCUUGUAGCUUGCCUCCUCGUUUCGGCCGAGCACCCUGCUAAAUGAGCGGAAGACACACACCCCCAACUCACUUCUUGGAAGGUUUUGCAUUUACAUUAAGGUAUUUCUCGUAUUUCCCUGGAGCCAAAUUAUAACUCAUUGGACCAAUUCAUUAAUUUUUAGUCAUUUACGGCCAAUGUUUCAGUAUUUUCUUUAAGUGGAUAUACGCUUUAUAUUUAAGGGCAAGGAAUGGUCUGGGUAGCCUUGCCGAUGUUUCUUCGCUAGUGAAAAUUAUUUUAGAGAUGCUAGGAUGCAGGAAUCUAGUGAAAGAAAUGGAUGGAGGACAUUCAGUAGUAGAAUGGAACGGCGAAGGGGGGCGAAAGUGGAGAGUACGAGGUGGCCUGCUGUGUUACGACUAUUUUGCUAAAUUAAGUGGACUGUUUGUAGGAUGUUCAGUAGUGGUCUGGAAUGGGCGAAAAGGAACGAGAGGGGGGAGUACGAGGUGGCUGAGGGGUUAUCGGCCACAUUGUUCUGUGCUGUCUUGGAUUAUUACAAGACCGGCGCCAUCCGAUGUCCACCGUCCGUCUCCGUUGCAGAACUUCGUGAAGCCUGUGACUACCUUCUCCUGCCUUUUGAUGCCGACACCAUCAAGUGCCAAAACCUCCGUGGCCUGUUGCAUGAGCUGAGCAAUGAAGGUGCUCGCGCCCAGUUUGAGAGGUUCUUAGAAGAGCUCCUCUUGCCAGCUAUGGUGGAAUGUGCCCAACGUGGAGACCGUGAGUGCCACAUAGUCGUUCUCCUCGACGAAGACAGUGUGGACUGGGACGACCAAUACCCUCCUCAAGUCGGCGAGGAAUCCUCUCAAGCUGUUCACAGCACAGCGUUGUACCGGUUUUUCAAGUACAUCGAGAAUCGAGAUGUAGCAAAGCAGGUGUUGAAGGAACGAGGUUUGAAGAAGAUCCGGCUAGGUAUUGAGGGUUAUCCCACAUAUAAAGAGAAGGUGAGAAGACGUCCAGGUGGCCGGGCUGAAGUCAUCUACAACUAUGUCCAGAGGCCUUUCAUUCACAUGUCAUGGGAGAAGGAGGAAGCUAAGAGCAGACAUGUUGACUUCACGGUUAGUUCCAUGCUCAAAAGUUAG